AUAGCCGUCACUUUUUGUGUGAUGUCAAGUGACGAGUAAAAUAAAGAAGAACUGAAUUUGUGGCUUGAUCGAAAAAUAUAAUGAAAGAGAUUUUAAUCGCAACCCUCCUUCUGGGUUGUCUAAUUGCAUCUGUGACGGCCGAACGUGGUCUGUUUGAGUUUCACGAUACUUACGGACGAUGUUGGCGCUGCUUGCCUGGUUCAUCAUGUGUCAGAUGUUCUACUAUUUUUGUACCGUUUGUAGCUGGACCGCCACUUAUUUGGGAUCGGACCUGCGGACAGCCUACUGCUGAAGUAUGUGCUGCUAAUCCUGGUGUAAAGUUUCCACAUCAGGAUAUUGGAUUCUAUUGGGUGUGUGCUGAUGAAGGCGUCGUUGCAGAAGCGCCAUGCUUUUGUGAUCAUGUAUUUGAUAUGCGAGCACAGCAAUGUGUUAAAUCUGACGUUUUGACAUCAAUUGGAUGUGAUCAAUAUGCUAAUUUUGAUCCACAUGACUGCUUGAGUGACGAACCACGUCCUCCUCCAUCGACCUUAGCUCCAACUGAUACAACAACACCAACAACGACAACAACAACAAUUGGUGGUCCAGCAAAUACUCCUUCAGUUCCAACAGCUCCAAAUGAUUCAACAACAACAACACCUGGAACAACGCCAUCGGUUCCAACAGCACCGAAUGAGCCAACAACAGAAUCUACAACAACAACUACAACAACAACAACACCAAUAAAUGGUGUUACAACAACAACAACGACAGCAGGACCAACAAGAACUACAGAAAUGGCUGGUCCAGGAACAUUAGAUCCAGGAAAUCCAACACCAGAUACAACACCAGCACCAUGUGUUUGUGUCGUCUGGUGGCCAUGCUGGUGUAACCCAUGCUGGAAUAUGCCAUGUCAUAGCUGUAAUGGCUGUGUUGGAAUGAUGGGAUAGGCACAAAAGCCACAAAAUAAUCCUUUGCCAGAAAGAACAUCAAUCAUCACAAAUGAAGAAGAUCAGAGGGAGUUUGCUUAGUUGUCUUAACUCGAAGGUGCUUCCUUGAGUCUGGAUAAGUGAGAUGAACCCUGCAGUGAGAGAUGAGCACAUUGUUGAUUCUUAGGAGUUCUCAAUUUAGUGCAUUGUUGUCCAACCUUUUU